AUGUCUUCCUCAUCGGAGAAAUCGCAAACAAGAUACAUCGGGUCUGGUCACCACAAAAAGAGAUUCAAUUUUUGUAGCACGCCCGUGACAGGCAAAGGUACUAUACUUAGCAGCAUAAGUAUAUCUGCAGUUGAUACUAAUUCAUCCUCGAGUGUAAAAAGACAACACAAAGAACAAAUUAUACCGAAGAAUUAUAAGAGGAAACAGAUAAAAAAGAAAUUACCGAAAAAGAAAUUAAAACAUAAAAAAAAAUUAAAGCAGGCGACAGAUAAGAGGCAUGAAACAGAAAAAGGAAAAGGAAAGAAAAAAAAAAAAGAAUGGAUUGUGCAGGCAAUCUCUGACACAGAUUGGGGAACAUGUGAUGAAAUUUCACGGCAGCCUUCUAUGGAAAAGGCCACUUCCGGUUCUGAAAACGAUAUUUUAUUUAAAGACUUAAGAUCGCCAGAACGCAUUCGAGAGGCACCUCAAUUUAUUGAAAAUCGUUUAGAAUCACCGAUUUUUCGGCCUCGUGGAUGGAAGGUCAAAAGUCCUGAGAAAAUUAUUUUUGAGAAAAGCGAAGAAAUACUGCCAGUGAAAAAUUUACCAUUGUCUCAUAUAGGGUUCACUGAUAGCGAUGACGAACAAGAUAGCAUAUGUCUAAGAAGGGAAGAUGUCAUCAAAACGUAUUUAGGUUUCAGAAAAGAGAAACGAAACAAAAAUGAUGUAAGAAUUGAUAAAUGUAAACAAUGGUUAGUCAAUCUAUCGAUUCCAACAGACUCAAGUGAUCUUCUUUGGGACAAUUUUGUUAAAAAUAAUCAUAAAAGUAUAAGUAAGUAUCUUGCAUUGCCUAGUAAUAAAGAGGAAUCACCAUUAAAUAAACAUUCUGAACAUUUUGAGACACAUAAUCAUGAAGAAAUAGCUACAAAAGCUGAAAAAGUAAAUAAAUUGAAGUUCGAUGGAAAAUUCGAUAUCAUGCGUAAAUACUGGAAUAAAUCUUUGAAAAAAUGGGUUCAAGUUUAUGACAUAUAUGAUUUUCCUGGAGCUGAGGAUACUGAACAUGAAACAAAAAGAGGAAGAAUGACCCUAAAUCAAUAUCUUCAAAAAUGCAGGGAUGAGAAAAAAAAUUCAAUAGAACUAGGAUCUAGUUCUUCUCCAACGCAUCAGCGAAGUAUUGAAGAAGAAUUUAGAGAUUUAAGUAGUCCGGAUAAGGAGAAAAGAAAGACGAAAAGGUCCUUUGAAAAUUACAAGUUUGGAUCUAAGAAACCUAAAACAAUAAUGGAAAAUGUAUCGGAAUCGGAAUUACAGAGGAUAAAUAAAAUUCGUCAAUUUGCAUCGCGAUUAAAUAAAAUGGAAAAAACACCGAUUGCUAACGAAAUAUCUCUACCCUCGACUUCGAAGAAUAAAUCUGAUUAUACAGUAUCUUCGUUAAAAAGAGCACAUAAAGAAGAAACAAAUGAUAGAGAAGAUUCCAAAAAACAAAAAUUGUUAAAGAAAAGUAAACCUACAAUUAAAUCGAUAGAAACAUUAACCAAAGUUCAAUUUAAACGAAACUGGCGAAUCAUAUAA